CUAGACAUAGAAGGAGCAUUUGAUAAUGUCUCGUUUACAUCAAUAAUGGAUGCGGCACUACUUCAUGGAGUGCCUAGUGUUAUAACUAACUGGAUUAGCGCAAUGCUAAGUAACAGGAAUCUUCAUUCGUCUUUAAGACAGGCUUCAAUAACAAAAGUUAGCACACGUGGUUGCCCACAGGGAGGUGUACUAUCACCUCUUUUGUGGAACCUAGUUGCAGACGGUUUGUUGAGAAAACUCAAUGACCGUGGAAUACCAACCUAUGGAUUCGCAGAUGAUUAUCUUCUGCUGGUAAGCGGUUUGUGCAUAAGCACAUUAUUUGAUAUAAUGCAACAAGCUCUGCGCUCUGUUGAACGAUGGUGUUCUCAUGUAGAACUUUCAGUUAAUCCUCUAAAAACUAAUAUUGUUUUAUUUACUAAAAAACGUAUCACCCGCGGGGUGCGCCCUCUGCUGUUUUAUGGUUCCGAAAUCACCGUGUCUAAUCAAGUUAAAUAUUUGGGUGUCAUUCUUGACUCCAAAUUAAACUGGUCUGAUCACAUCGAAUUCAGAAUCAAAAAAGCAUGCAUGGCCUUCGGACAAUGCCGACGUGCAAUCGGAAAAAACUGGGGACUCAAACCCAAACAUAUUCACUGGAUUUACUCCACAAUAGUAAGACCAAUUCUGGCCUAUGGGUGUCUAGUGUGGUGGCAGAAAGGAGAAGUUGCAACAGUUCGGACUAAACUAAAUCACCUUCAAAGAAUGUGUCUCUUAGGGAUGUCCGGAUCGUUCACUACAACUCCUACUGCAGCACUAGAGGCUCUGUUUUCUACCAAACCUCUACACUUGUUCCUAAAACAGGAAGCCUUCUCAUGUGCUUUUCGUCUACAGGCAGUUCUGCCGCUCAUAGCAAGUCCGUCCCAUUUGCGUUUUUGUUGAAGUGAGAAAAACGGCAUUGAAAAAUCGUAAAAAGUCCAACGCUAAUUCGGCACUUGUAUGCGUUUUUUAUCAAAGUAAUCAACAGAAUCUGCCACUGCUACGGCUAAUGAAAGAUUUUCGCUUCAUAAGGAUUAUUUUUUUGUUUUGAUUCUGUUGAAAAUCAUUUGCUGGGCCCAUAUGGCUGUGGGACCGACUUGCGAUGAUUUAUGCUAUAUGGGACCGACUUGCGAUCAUUUGUUCAAUGGGACAAAAUUUCUUGAGGUUUUUUUCAAUGUUCAUCAGAACAAAGUACUAAAAACAAAGUUUUCUCUUGAAACUACAGAUAAAACUAAAGUGUUUCCAGCGAUAAACUGAAAAAUGAUGAAAACGCAAAUGGGACGGACUUGCUAUGAGCGGCAGAGUUGGUCUCUGGCUGUCAGGAAAUAUCGAAAGAUCAUCGAGUCAUACAAAUGUGUGGCCUGAAUUAGUUAGAUUAAACAAGUUUAAUCUAGCGCCAAACGAUUUAACACUCUCGAGUAGUUUUCCCUACAUGGGGUUUAAAGUCAAAUUUCCUUCUCCUCAAGAAUGGUUAUCAGGUUUCGUAGAGGACCAAAUGUCCUCUCAUAUUGUAUUCUAUACUGACGGUUCAUUAUCAAACAGCCGUGCAGGUGCAGGAAUUUACUGUCACGAGUUGAACAUAGAAUAUGCUCAACCUCUAGGAAAAUAUUGUACAGUCUUUCAGGCUGAGCUAUAUGCUAUUAUGUAUGGAGUGCAAAUUGCACUUCAAAAGAAGAUUAUGUUCAGAACAAUUUAUUUCUGUUCAGAUAGCCAAGCAGCUAUCAAAUCACUCAGUGCUUCCAGUUCUAGAUCAAAACUGGUAAUCGCAUGCCGGAAAGCAAUCGAAGAACUUGCUGAAGGCAAUGGAUUAAACCUUCUAUGGGUACCCGGACAUAAGGGAAUUUUUGGAAACGAAUGCGCCGACGAACUCGCUAGAGCUGGGUCGGAAAAGGAAUUUUACGGACCAGAGCCGGCUGUCCCAAUAUCACCAUGUUGGUUCAGGAACCAAAUUCAAACUUGGUCCUCUAACCAGCAUGAACGAUACUGGGAAGAGUUGGACACUUGUCGUCAAACUAAAUUAUUUUUAGAAAAACCAUCUCCAAUCAUAUCGAGUUACUUAUUAACUUUAAAUAAAUUUCAUUGCAGCAUCUUGAUCAGAGCACUCUCCGGUCAUUGUAAACUCAACUAUCACAUGCACAACAUUCAGCGUGCUGAAUCUCCAGUAUGUGGUAGUUGUGAAUCAGAUGUGGAAGAUCCCUUCCAUCUUAUAUGUAACUGUCCCUCAUUUGCCAGACUACGUUUUCGUACUCUGGGAUCUUACGCUUUAAGCGAAUCUGAGUUUAAGAAAUUAAACUUAAAAAACAUUCUAUCAUUCCUUACCGAAUGUAGAAAAGAGCUUUAAUGCUAAUAAUCCCUAGUGGAAAGGCUUUAUGCCAUCUUAAAUAGAUUGAAUUUAUUUCUUCCUUUUAUAGGUUUUUCAGGUUUCUCAGGUAAAUGAUGAAAUCUUGGAUAAAAAAAAGGCUAGGCACAAUUUUCCCGUAUGUUUGGAUAACGUGCCGCUAUUAAGCCUACCCCCAUUCUGAUACCUGAUACCUGAAGGUUGAUUCCGAAGUCCCGAGGCUUUCAGCAAUCCGGCGCUUCGAUUCUCCGUCCUUCAACCGCUGUCUGGCGUUUUCCAGCAUCUCCGGAGAGCAAAUCUUCCGGCUAGUUUUCCUUUUGUACGUCCUGAUUAUUGAAAACUUGAUUAUUCUUUGGGUUAGCUUUCCAAAUGUUAUCAAAAAGACGAAGGAAACCAACGCGUACUCUUGCCCCACCAAACCUGCGUACUCUUGCCCCCUACGACCAUUUGUGAAAAAAGCUAAAAGUGCUAAAUAUUCCAAUCAUAUCCUGGCAUGAGUGUUCCACAGAUUUAAUCUAUAUGAAUUAUGUGUCCUUUAUCACGUAUGCAGAUUUGAUAAGCGAAUUUCCACGAAGCGUGAUAAUGUUUUCAAAAACGCAUAAAAUUACAAAAAAAUUGGAAAAACUAAAACUUAUCUCAUUUCUCCGACGUGCGCGAACCAAACCACAAACAAAAACACAAACAAAACAGCUGACUCGAUGACCUGUCAAACCGGUACAGUGUUGCUAGUUUCAGUGUUUUCGUUUACUGUAAAAGCCUAGUGCGUACUCUUUCCGCCUGCGUACUCUUGCCCCAUUUUACUCUAUAUUUAAUUCAAAAAUCAAAUGAAAAGUUAAUCGAUGGAGCCUUGAGUGUAAAAAUAACGAAUUUUCGCUUGAUGCCCUCCAUAAAGUCUUUACAGUGUCAUCCGGUACUAGUUUCUCAGUUUUUGACGUAGAAUUACGUCUUACGGCAACACUAUAGGGGGGUAAAUUGAAAUCCGCGAACGGAUCUCGCGUCACGAAAAACUCCUCUUUGAGAGACAUCUUUCUUAAAAGACAUACCAAGCCUGCUUAACGUUGAUUGGCUAUUCGAAAAUGGAAAAAAAACUUGAAAGCCCCGCCCCUUCAUGGUUUUUGUUGUUUCCAGCCAACGAAAGUUAUAAAAGAAGGAGUCGACUGACGGUUUGUUUCAUUUGUGAAAAGAAACUGAAACUUGUCACAUGUGCAGCAUCAGAGAUGACCAACAGCGCGCCGGAAAAAAUUGUGACAGCUAAAUGGCAUCACACACAC